AAGCUUCAACUUUAUUACAUACAUGAAGCAACCCUUUCAAUUAAAUUAUUCAUUAUUCUUCAACAAAAGUUUAAUUUAAUUGAUAAACUAAUUAAUGUACUAUAAUACAUAGUACAUAAUAACGUUACACACAUUAGAAUAUUAUACAAGACACACACUCUGUUCCAGAAAUUUCAUUCUCCUAACUAUGCUUCUUAUUUUCUCUCUCUUUCUCUCUGCCACAUAUUAAAGUACCCUUCUGAACUUUGAUCCAAUUUUCAUCUUAUAGAUUUCACACAUAACAUCACCAUCAUCAUUAAAUCAUGGCUCUUCUUGGAUAUUUUCUUCUUUUCCUUUCCCUCACUGGAUAUUCAAGUGGUGCUCUUUAUUGUGUGUGUAAAGAUGGUGUGGGAGAUCAAAAUCUUCAAAGAGCAAUAGAUUAUGCUUGUGGUGCUGGAGCUGAUUGUACACCAAUUACACAAAAUGGACCAUGUUUUCAACCCAAUACUAUUAAGGAUCAUUGCAAUUAUGCUGUUAAUAGCUAUUUUCAGAAAAAGGGUCAAGCUCAAGGAAGUUGUGACUUUUCUGGUUCUGCUGUUACAAGUCCAACUCCACCUCCUACUGCAUCAUCUACAUGUACUUUUCCCUCAAGUGGCGGAGGAGGUACAACCACAACACCAGCAACCAGUACACCUACAGGCAUAUCACCACCCUCCACCGUAACUCCAACCACUCCUACGGGCACAACACCAGGUACAGGGACUGGUACCGGCACACCAACCACAGGCACACCAACCACAGGCACACCAACCGGCACAGGAACAGGAACAGGUGUAGGAACUGGAACUGGAACAGGUACCGGAACCGGAACUGGUACAACAACAGGUAGUCCUAAUGUGUUUGGAAUGAGUCCAACAUCAUCAACUGGUAAUGGUAGUGGUUUCAGUGACCCUAAUGAAGCUGUUCAAUUAAACAAAAGCACUUAUGUGUUAUUACUAUCUCUUGUUUUUACUUUAUGGCUAGCAACUUUAAGUGACUACUAGAUAGUGUAAAUUUUAGGCAUGGUACUUUAAUAUGUGGGUGAGAUUUUGCCAACUACAUGAUGGUUGUUUAUGUAAUUUCAUCACUAGGAAUCAUCCAGAAGCAAACCCCACUUUGGUCUUCUGUUCUUUUUGCUUUUGUUUUGUUCCUUCUAUGUGCAAAUGGAAAAAAAAAAAAAAAAAAGUAGAGAGAAUUUGGUUCCUUUUUAGUGGUGAAUAUAUUUCAUGACUACUAAUAAGUAGUAAUAUUAUAUAUAUAUCACUAUAGUCUGGAGUAUGUAUGAGCUGAUGCACUAUUUUUUAAUUAGUUUAACCUUUCUCCAUUUCAUA